GUCCACACGCUUCAUUUAGUCCUCCAUUUAUUUCAACAUUAACACCGACUUGCCCUUUUUCUUCACGAGGGAUUUUCUUUGAACUCACCAGAAAUCGGGUUCUAUAAAUUGGGAGCCUUAUUUUCUUUCUUGGGCUUUGUUUUGUUUGAAAAGUUUUUGGUUUUUUCUUCUCUUCUUCCAUUACAAUGUUAAUCAAGAAAUUGGUGUCUCUUCCUUCUCGUUCAGGACGACAUUUGCAGCGUUACAAUCAUGGUUGUCGUCUAGUUGUUGGAUGUAUUCCAUACAGAUACAGAGAAACCAAAACAUCACCUCCAAUUCAUGGAACCUUAAUUGAAGAAUUGGAAGUUCUCUUGAUUACCUCUCAAAAGAGUCCAAGAAUGAUGUUCCCAAAGGGAGGUUGGGAAAUUGAUGAAGAUAUAAAAUUGGCAGCUACACGGGAGACAAUGGAGGAAGCCGGUGUGGUCGGCACCUUAGGGGAUAAAUUAGGCGAAUGGAUUUUCAAGAGUAGAAGCCAGGACACAUUUCGUGAAGGCUACAUGUUCCCUAUGCUGGUCACGGAGGAAUUCGAUGUUUGGCCAGAGAAAAAUGUCCGUCAGCGAAUAUGGAUGACCGUCAAUGAAGCUCGAGAAGUAUGUGCACAUUCUUGGAUGAAGGAAGCUUUGGAUGCCUUUUGUUCAUUGAUUCGCGCAUCUGCAAAUAAGGAGAAAGAAUUCCCUUAGUACAGAAUUUCAAUAGAACUAAACAAGGAAAGGAAGAAAUUGAUUAUUGCUUAGUUUACAAAUGAGGUAGCCAUCUUAGCUGAGUUAGCUCCUCCCGAAGUGGAAAAGGAUUCAUGCAGCUCGACCCAUUCCGAGAAACCAUGCAAGGAAGUUUGAUAAUGUGGACUUGUUGUGAAGGUAGGGAGAGCCUAUAGAGGAGAUGAACAAAAUAUUGAACUUGAUUCUUUUAUGUAAUGAAAUUCAUUGAUUCUUUCAUAAUGGUUUUGUUGUCAAAUUUGAA